CAUCCACUGCUUUUUAAAACAACUUGUUUUUGGUGGUAAACCCGAAUAUUCUCUCCUUUUCAACGAGGUAUGUCAUUCUCCUUCGCUCCAUUGCCUUUAUCUUACCCUGAAGAGAUACAACAUGACCUUUCCCCGUUUAUACUUAUCCAUAAAAAUGGUCGUAUUGAACGGCUAGUCGGAGAAGAGAUCACCCCUCCAUCAACCGAUUACACCACCGGAGUUCGCUCCAAAGAUGUCCAAAUCUCACCGGAAACAGACCUCUCCGCUAGGAUCUACUUGCCAGGAACUAUUAUCUCCCAAGAGCAUAAACUCCCUGUCCUUAUUUAUUUCCACGGUGGUGGUUUCCUUUUCGGAACAGCCUUCAGUACUAUGUUCCAGCCCUUCCAUAACAGGCUUGCUUUGGAAGCACAAACCAUCAUCGUUUCUGUUGAUUACAGAAGAGCCCCCGAACAUCUCUAUCCAACUCAAUAUGAUGAUUCUUGGGAAGCCAUCAAAUGGGUUGCUUCUCAUGCAAAUAGAAACGGUUCGGAGCCAUGGCUUAAUGACUAUGCUGAUUUUGAACGUCUGUUCUUUGGUGGGGAAAGUGCUGGUGGAAACAUAGCUCACCAAAUGGGGAUGAGGAUUGGGUUAGGAAAAGACUUGGAUGCUUUUGGUGAUCGAGUGAAGCUUUCUGGGAUUGUCCUGAUCGAUCCACACUUCUGGGGAGAAACUCUAAUUGGUGGUGAGGUGAAUGCUGAUGUUAAGGAAAUAAAUAUCUUGGAAAAACUCUGGCGAGUGAUGAACCCAUCGUUAAGCAGUUUUGAUGAUCCGUUGAUAAACCCGGCAAAAGAUCCGAAUCUUUCGAAGUUAGGGUGUCGAAGGGUACUUGUUUCUGUGGCUGAGAAAGAUUUGUUGAGGGAUAGAGGAUGGUAUUAUCAUGAUGUUCUGGUGAACAGUGCAUGGAAUGGGCAAGUUGAUAUAAUUGAAGCCAAAGGAGAGGGACAUGUCUUCCAUUUGUAUCCACCUUUCCGUGAAAACGCUUUAACUUUGUUCAAGACUUUGUUUUCUUUCAUCAACGGGGACAACUACAUAGAUGUACACAAUAGUGGUUAAAACGUUUCGUUUAUCAUGGACUUUGUAUAUAUGCUCAAAAUUUGCCUUUCGCAUUGAGAUCCCAAAGAUCAUCCGAAGUGGAGAGGCGUACAUCUAAUGGAUGCUUAAUCCAACUUCCAAAAGGAACGAAGACAUCUUAAUCAAUUAGAAGAUGAGAGGUUUAACGUUGAAGAGCAAGACACCAAAGGAGAGGAAAGAAACUGACAUCAUAAUCAACAACACAGGCAAGAACAAUGGCUAAAGAUUGUUUCUGUUGGAUAUCAGGCCCUUCCCUUGAACACCAAAACCAGGGGCUGAGCUUCAACAAUUGAUUUGGGGAGCGAAAAUAUAAUAUGUAUAAAAAUUGGUGAGCAGGGGGGCCACAUCCAAAAUUUUAUAUUUUUUGGCAAAAAAUGUAUAAAAUGAAACUAUAAGGACUGUUUCUAACUAAAAAAAUCAGGGAUGGGGGACAGCCCCCCUUGCCCUAAUAAAGCUCCGCUAAUGACCAAAACAAUAUACACAUGUGGUUAAUACGUGAGAAAUACAAAGAAGAAAAGAUACAAUUAUGACGGAAUAUGGUUGCACUUCUAUUCAUGAAACAAGAGGCUUUUAUAGCCUACAAAACCUAAGAGGCAGGGUCGGUCCUGAAAAAUGAAAUAUUCUUAAAGGACCAGGACGAACAAGAAGGACCCUUAUAUUUAUUAUAAUUUUUUUUUUAAACAAAAAUAUAUAAUAAAAAAAACUGGG